GUAUCUUCUUUCUCCUAUCCUGGGACUGAAGUUGAGGUCCACUACUAUUAGGAAUUUAAAUAGGAAAGGUGAAAAGUCAAAUGCUUUCUCCCCUUCACCAUAUAUAGGAGCAGAUACCAGUCCAGAGAGCACAUUUUGAAGAGUGUUUACAUCCCGGAGUGAAUUUGUUUCGUUCAUUCUGCCUCUUCUUUCUUGUUACCAUCUCAGCUUGUAAUUCACCAUCAUCAUCAUCAAAAUGAAGUCAACCAUCUUGCUAGGUUCAUUUGUUCUCUGUGUUCUCUAUCUAGAAGGGCAGUGUGCACCAGCCGGUCGGAAACUGCUCCAAUGGCAACCCCAAUGGCGUCAGGGAUACAAUCAGGGGUACCAGCAAUGGUACCAACAACAGCCACAGGUCCAGCGUCAGCAAACCCAGUGGGUUCUAGAUCCUGAGGAACGAUUUGAACAGCAGGAAGAGGUGCUGGAGAAUCAGCAGGAGCUUCGUGAGGAUGCCUUUGAGAACCAGAGAGGCCCUCUACGACAAACAGCUAACGGACAGUUGGUCUACAACUCACAAUCUCGCGAGGUCGUUGUCGGUGCUGCUGGAAACGCUCCUGCCCCUUACGUUGCGCCUGGAGGAUCAACCUUCUCCUCAGAAGAUUACGGUUCCUACGUGCUCUCAUCAAUUCCACCAAAUGCUUAUUACAGAAAUGGUUAUCAACCUUGGAAUCCAAACCAGUGGGACUAAGCAAUAAACAAACUUCAUUUACUUCCAGAAUCUACUCCAUGAUCAUUCUAAUUUCUCCCAAACUUUACCAGAAUUUUUAUAUAAUUUUGUUUGUAUAAUUAGUGGUAGUAGUGGUAUCACUUGUAGUAGUGCUAGUAGUAGUAGUAGUA